AUGACACUGGCGAACUAUUUCCUUUUCGUUUCGAUAUUUCUUGAUAUCUGCAGUUUGAAAUUAGCCGCAGACUGUCAGAGAGGAUGCGAACAAAGCAGAGGAAGUAUUGGUAAAAAGGGAAUGAAAAAUCUGGCUAUGCAAGGACACAGCUUUAGAAAUUACACGCUGUCGAAACCGUAUGACUGUCAUGUAAAAUGCUUUCAGGAGAAAUGUAAAUGCCAAGCGUACCAAAUAAGGGAAAAUCGAUGCGAGUUGCUUGAUGAAGACAGAUUUUCUGCUCCUGAAGACUUUCUCAAGGAAAAGGGAUACACGUAUUAUGAUAUGAAUAGAGAAUACGUCAAUCAGGUAACCAGUGAAAUCUAAUGUCGAAUGUCUCCGGCUUUGCCAAAGAUAGGCACUGAUUUCUUUUGAGAUUUUAAGGUACACACAUGCGUACGAGGUUCCAGAACACCCUUCCACAAAAUUCCUGGCGUGAGAUUGUAAGUUAGUAUUUUAGGAACUUUUUGAUAUUUUUGUUUCAUCGAAAUUUUAGUCUAUGACAGAGGAAUGUAUAUUGGUCAUAUCAUGACUGCCGCUUAAAAUUAAAGCUAGCUAAGAGUGUGUCCGCUAAUUUUAGAAAGUCGAUAAUGGCGUGACCUUGUAAAUUAGUGUUUUAGUCUUUUUGCGUUCGAGUAACGAGAACGCAACCCCUAAUUUGUGUUGGGUGUUCUGUGCAUUAUUGAGUGCCCUCUGCAAUUAAUAAGGGAGGUUUUUUCGAGAUUGCGUUUGUCGUAGUCGUCGACACUCAUUUGCCUCGCUUUGAGGCGCUUGCUUACGUCUUGCCUCACUUUGACGAACUAACUCACGUGGUGAUUCGUGCGUCCUUCUUUUAUUCUGUCUUCGUAAAGCGUUCAUCUUUCAAAAGUUUGCUGAAUCUUCGUAAGGCGUACAUAUUUCAAGAGUUUGCUGAAUGUCUACUAUCGAUCUGUGUUUGCUGAAUCUUUCAAAACGUUUAUCUUUCAAAAGUUUCGGCGGUCGUUUGUGCCACAAAGUAAAUCUGCCGAGUUGUGUAGCUCGGCGGCCGUUGUGCCACAAAGUAAAUCUCCCGGGAUGCGAAGCUCGGCGGCGCCAUUUGAUCAUGACUUGUGAUAUUUUCGGCACCGGACAAAGGAACAUUUUAGGCCUAUGUUAUUUAUUCCGAAAAACUUAUAAACAGCCCACAGUAGCUCCACUCAAGUCACUGAAAUCAACAUACUCGACCAAGCUUCUGCACUUAUUGAGACGGACCAUACGAUAUCACUAGCCUUCAAGGUUUUUUCUAUUUUUUCUUUUUUUAUUUUUUUCUAUUCUAUUCUAUUCAGCAGAGUAUAUAUUUCGGCAUUUGCAUGACGUUGGGCAAACCUAAAAGCGGAGCUUUCAUCAAAAUUCAUAAGAAGGAAAUAUCUUUUAAAGCACAUUGUAAAAAAGAGAGGGUCUUGCAAAUAAUAAAUAGAGGAUAUUACAUGGUGGCGCGAAGAUAUGAAUUUUAUUUUCGAGUGGCAAAACAAUAUUUUACCAACGAGCGCAGCGAGUGAGUAAAAUAUUGCUUUUGCCACUCGAAAAUAAAAUUCAUAUCUUCAAGCCGCCGUGUAAUGUUCUUUUUAUUAUAUAGACAAAAAGACAUCGAUAAAAUAAUAGAGGGAAAUGACCGAAAUUACGUCAACGAUAAACUUACGUGUGAGAUUAUGGAAAAAAAACCACUCGGGUCCCGGAUGUAGUUUUUGUGAAUUUUACGAGUGGUAUAUUUUCCAGUAAAACACUCGUGUCUAUAUAAUAUUAGUAUAUACACACUCAGUGAUCUUGGUGAUUUAAGCAAUCUGAUUGGUUCGCUAUCUCGGACUAUUCAACAAUAUUCACCUCCUAGCGAGUGGAUGAUGUGUGAGCUCGGUGUUUUUCCCGUUUUUUUUUUAGAGAACGAUCUUUUAAAAGUCGACAAAAUCCUAGGGCUGACUUUUUUUAAGGCAAGAAAAGACUUGGAAGGAUUCAAUACGGCGUUUUUCAAUUUACUGUAGCAGGAGUUUUGUGCUCGAUGGAUUGUUUACAACUCCCGUGUAUUCGCGUAGAAAAAGCCGUUUCGUGAACUCAGCGUUUUCUAAGAAGAAAAUUUUGGCUCAAAAAUCGAAGUUUAUUUAUGACAAACAAAUUUAAAAGGAAAUGUUUGCAGAAAUUCUACAUUUCAAGUAAACAGGAAAAAGAAUGAUACAGGAAGACGACCUCUUACCUCGAGCAACCGAGCCGCCAUUUUUGUCAGCACUUCAUGCGAAGAACGACACAACAUGCACUUUUGGCUAUAAACGUGGCGAGUCAACAGAAAACAACACAGCUCUACUUUUUUUCUCAGGUAAGGAAACAUUUCAAACUUUUAGCGAUUCCAUUGAAGCCAUUACGCUGUUGUUUGCGAAAUGAUAAACUUGUGAAUUGCCAUGUUUGAAAUUUCUGCAAAGAUCUAUUUUUAAACUUACGCGUGAUUUGAUCUGUCAAU